GGGGAGCGGUGCCGGAAGUGCUUGGGGAGGGCCGCGCAGUCGGACCGGCUGCUGAGACGAAAGCUUCACUGGGGCAGUCUCCGCAUAUCAUGGGGAGAUAGACGCUGCUGCCUUUGAUCGGCCUUGGUCCUCACAGCUCUAAGAAGAAGCAGGACCUUGAGAAGCUCCAUGAGCUGAGGUCUAAAGCUCGGCAGAUUAUGAACCAGUUUGGCCCCUCAGCGCUAAUCAACCUCUCCAGUUUCUCAUCCAUUAAACCAGAGCCAGCCAGCACCCCGCCGCAAGGCUCCAUGGCCAAUAGCACCACAGUGGGAAAGAUACCAGGCACUCCUGGGACAGGCGGUCGUCUUAGCCCUGAGAACAACCAGGUAUUGACCAAGAAGAAAUUACAAGACCUAGUAAGAGAAGUGGACCCUAAUGAGCAGCUAGAUGAAGAUGUGGAAGAGAUGCUGCUACAGAUCGCUGAUGAUUUUAUUGAGAGUGUGGUGACAGCUGCCUGCCAGCUUGCUCGGCACCGCAAGUCCAGCACCCUCGAGGUGAAAGAUGUCCAGCUGCAUCUAGAGCGCCAGUGGAACAUGUGGAUCCCAGGAUUUGGCUCUGAGGAAAUCAGACCCUACAAAAAAGCUUGUACCACAGAAGCUCACAAACAGAGAAUGGCACUGAUCCGGAAAACAACCAAGAAAUAACACAGGGAGCAGUCAGGGAAUGGACGACAUGUAUUUGGAAAUACUUGAGCUGAGACCUCAGCCAUCUCAUCCUUGGAUUUUUUUUUAAAUGCUUUACAGAGAAGCAUAUAUUUUUUAUUAACAGUGCAGCAAUAUCUAUAAUGACUGAGAAGAUCUGCCAAAAGAAUAAAGCCUCCUACCCCACCUUCUGGUCCCUUUUCCCUGCCGUCUCAAAGAGAAGCAGUGUAUCUACCGGAGAAGAUUCUGCCUGUGGUUUAUGAUAUGAGUGAUUGGCUGUAGGAAGAGUGUUUUGGUUGUGUUGGUGAGACAGUGUUAGCAGGUUUGUAGAGGGUUUAUCUCCUCCUUUCCCUGUCCCUGUACUUUGUAAUGUCAGUGUUUAUAUGAAUAUGAACUUGAUUUGCUUUUCCAGAAUAAAGGAGUUAUUAAUUGAAGACACAGGAUGCAUAGCUGAGAGCCUUCCCAGCAAGGUUGGGCAUGCUACAGACAGCAGGUGGCAGCACAGGCAGGGAUUGUGUUAGAAAAACCGGCAGGGAUUUCCUUCCCACUGCUUUACUCCAAAGGAACAAGCCAGCAGUAGGAGUUGGAGCACUUUCUCUGCCACCAGACAUGGAGAACUCUGCUAAGCCCCAAAAUAAACAAGCAUUCUAGUUUUGAUAAUGUUAGUGUCCCUAGGACCUUUUUGUGUGCGUGUGUGCAUGUAUGUGUGUAUGUGUGUGUGUUUUGAGGCAACUUCUUGGGUAGGCCAGGCUGGCUUCAAACUCGAUCUAUUGCUGAGGCUGUCUUUGAACUGACCUUCCUGCCUCCACCUCUCAGUGAGCUGAGACCACAGAUGUGUGUCAUCACAUCUAGCUCCUUAGAGCCCCUUUGGACCUCUCUGGAUCUCCAUAGAAGAUUGUAUUCAUCCUUGUCCCCAAGGAAGGAUGUGAAUCACUUUGGGGAAAGUCCUGUUGCUGGGAUUCUGUCAUCGGAGGAAAGCAAGCCCUGUCUCAACAGCAGGAUGUCCUUCCCAGGCAUCAUUCUGACCCACCCACGCCCAGCACAAGCCUUGUGGAUUGUGAGGGACCGUGGGCUUAGAGGAGGGUGGCUAUUCCACCCAGGAGCCACAGCAUAGCCAUACCUACCUUUGUUCCCUGCUUUGGUCAUCUUCCUCCUGAGGCUUGGUCCAAGAUAGGACACAGUUCAUAGAUCUGAGGAGUUCAAAGGCCAUGCUGAGGUUUCAGCCUGGAGAGUACAAGGGGACAGCCAGCUUCUUCACUGGUCACACCUGACACUGAGCUUCUGGAUCUGUGGCCUAGCUUCAGGAUGAGGAUGUUAGAAGGUCUUAACUUUCUCCAGAACCUACAGCCACUGGAAGAUGUUCUCAGAGGAUGCUCUGUUGAUGACAUCAGACAGCAGAAGGGUCCCACUGAGUCUGGAUAAGAACAAGUAACUGACGCCAGCAAACAAGAAGGAAUCUGGACUGACUCUUGAGCCCUCUUCAGAGGACAGAAAGGGACAAGGGGUUGGGGGAAGUACAAUGGACAGAAGUGAGGGACUCAUAAGACGUCAGUUUAUCAUUCUCCAUCAGCUGUGUGACAGGUAGGUGGCUUCCUCUGUCUCAGUCUUACUGUCUUGUCAGCACACUGAAGGGCUGUUCAUGUUUCUGUAAGCUGUGCCCAUUCCUCCAGUAGGCAGGAGUCAUAAUAAAAGGAAGAAAGGGGUGGACAGCCCUCAGA